AACUCUCUCUCUCUCUCUCUCUCUCUCUCUGUCUCUCUCUCUGUAUACAUAAGUCGAUUUCGCAUGCGCAUCUCUUAAAUCCCACUUCAAAAGCUCCUUGCCCUCACGCUCAAAUCAUCCCCCUGUUGAUAUUAAUGGAUUGCUUGGUGCUGCCGGUUGCGCUAUUGAGGCGGGGGUGCUCGGGAUCCCGGCCAGGCUACCGGCAACUUGUCGAGGACGGGCUGGGUGAGCCUGACAGCCCGGUGACCGUGGUUGUUGGGAAGGAGAAGAGGGUGUUCUUGGUUGACUCGUGCGUGCUCGAAGAGAACCCGUUCAGGGUACUGAUCGACGCCAGCACGAGGAAAGAAGGGCGGAGAGGUCCUGGCGGCACGAGGAAGCGGGGCAAGCGGAGGGAGAGGGUGAUCUUCGUCGACGUGGACGCGAUCCUGUUCGAGCACAUGCUGUGGCUGAUGCACAACGACUGCCCGUCGCUGUUUCAGCUGAACGUGGAGGAGGUCAUCGACUUCUACGCUCAAGAAAACUAGAGGUCCAAAGGUAGAAACUUUGUGAACUAAUUUAAUAAAUUGUUUUCUAUAACUAUGAUUAUUUUCUUACAUGGCGUGAUAAAUCCUCCAACGGCUCUUGGUCGUAACCCUAAGUUCUUGAUUUGGAUGUGUACACACUCAAUGACACCUCAAUGUAUUAAAACCUAUUCUCUUCAGAAUAUGCUGCUCCUUGUUGA